AUGAUCAACUUAAAUAUAUUGAAGCAAUCUACCAUUGUACAUUUAUGUUUUGCUAUUUCAUACUUCACAUCUGGUUUGAUUCUGACUUUUAUACAGGCUAUUCUAUACUUUGGACUCAAACCGUUCCAUAAAUCUUUAUACAGAAAGAUAAAUUAUUAUCUUUCAUAUUCAUUUUACAGUCAAUUAGUGUUUAUGUCAGAAUGGUGGUCUAAUACAACUCUAUCUUUAUAUAUUAAGAAAGAUGAAUAUAAAAAGUAUUAUGGUAAAGAGCAUGGAUACCUUCUAAUGAACCAUAGCUAUGAAAUAGAUUGGUUAAUGGGAUGGCAUUUCUGUAAUAGUAUUGGAGUAUUAGGGAAUUGUAAAGCAUAUGCGAAAAAAUCUAUACAAUAUUUACCACCGAUUGGCUGGAUGUGGAAAUUUUCCGAAUUUGUUUUUCUAGAAAGAUCUUUUGAGAAAGAUAAAGAAAUAAUAAAAAAUCAAAUAGCAGAGAUUUGUGAUUAUCCGGAUCCUGUAUGGCUAUUAAUGACCCCAGAAGGAACACGCUAUACAAAGACAAAGCACGAAGCGUCUCUGAAAUUUGCGAAAGAGAAGAAUUUGCCGCUUCUUAAACAUCACUUAACUCCUCGCACCCGAGGGUUCACAACAAGUUUACAGUUCUUUAGAGGGAAAAUACCCGCAAUUUAUAACAUACAACUUGCGUUCGAGAAAGAUAGUAAGACUCCACCUACGUUAACAAGCCUAUUGUAUGGUAAACCGGUUCACGGUCAUUUGUAUAUUGAGCGGAUACCCGUUGAAAAAGUGCCUGAGGAUGAAGCAGAAGCAACGAAAUGGCUGCACGACUUAUAUGUAACCAAGGAUAAAAUGCAAGACUCGUUUUUGAACACUGGAGACUUCUUCCUCCAAUCCGGUGUUGAGCGUGUAGACUCAUUUGUUGUGGAGCCUCCUUUGUACUCUUUGUUCAACGCACUGGGUUGGGCUGUUGUCACACUCACCCCGAUGCUUUACUACUUGCUAGGAUUGCUCUUCAGCGGAAAACUCCUUUAUUUCUCUAUCGCAAGCGCCAUAUUCGGUGCAUUUUUCAUACUACUCCAAAAAUCUAUUGGCAUGUCAAAAAUCAGUCAAGGAUCCUCAUACGGAACUGAGCAGAAGUGA